AUGGGAGAUUAUUUCUAUUUUUUGAGUAUAGGUUAUUUGAUAUAUAUAAAUCAAGAUCAAAACAUCAAAUUAAAUAUUACAAACUCAGUAAUUUCUUAAUUAGGAAAAGGUUUAGAGUUUGAUUUUAAUUAGACCUAUAUAGCAAAUUAAAUUGGUGAGGCUCAGUAUUAUUAAGAAAAAUAAUUAAAUGAUGGUUAUGGAACUGCAAUUGUCCUAGAAUCUAGUAUUAAAAAUUUGAGUGGAAAUUCUAUUGUUUACUCUCAAGGAAAUUUGUUUGAAGGGUGUAGAUAUGGAUAUAAAGGAGCGGAUGUUCAGGUAGAAAAUAUCGCUUCAUUUGAAAGUGGUGGAUUUUAAUAUUUCUCUGGCAACAACUUUAACAGUUCUAACUCUUUCUUAAGAUGCAGGUUUAAAAAUAUCAGAUCUUCUAUAAAUAGUAUUUAAAAUUCAUUAGAUUAUUAGCCAUCUCUUAAUAAAUUCUAUGGCGGAGGUGUAUUCUUGUUUUCAGUAAAAAAACUAGAUCUUACUAUCAAUGAAUCCUUUUUUGAAAAUAUAGAAGCUUAACAAUUGGGGGGAGUACUUUUAUUGGAUUGUAACCAUUUUUCAAAGUUUAUUUUGCAAAACAACAGUUUUAAAAAUAUCUAAGGAAAAAACCAGGGUGCAGUUAUUUAUUCUUAUGCCUAAAACUAUUAAUCAGCAGAAUUAUUUGACAACAGAAUUGAUUGCCAUCCCUAUGCUUAAAUAUUAGAAGAUUAGAAUAAAUUUAUGAUGGGUGAGGAAAGAAUGGGAAACAGUUAAGUAGGCUUACAUAUUUUCUACUUUGAAAGUAAAAAUUAAUCCACUCUCUAAUCAAAAAAUAACAAAGUUAAAAACUGCAUCAAUUAAUACUCUGAAGUAACAGGAAAUUAAUAAAGGUAUAUCGUUAGUGAGAUUUCUAUUAAAGAUAGUAAUUUCAGCGACAACAUUCCAAAUAUGGCUGGUGGGUUUAUAUACGCAGAAGGAUCAACGUUGAUCCCAGCACAAAUCUAUGUAGAUAAUUGUCUGAUUAUAACUGAUUUGAAGAAGUAAUUUGCAUAUCAAGAGAAUAUGAUCUUAGUUCUAAAGCAUUAGCACUUCAAGCAACUCAGCUAUAAAGCAUUUAAAUUGAGAAUUGCAAAUUCGUUGGAGAUUAAAAUCAUAAAGAAUUAAGAUUGUUUGAUUCAAUAAAAGAUGGUAAAUUUUCCGAAUCCUAUGGCUCAUUGA